GAUUGCUUAAGAAUCUUCAACGUAUAAAAUCUUAUUACUUUCUUCCAUCAAUCUUCUUUCAAGUCCUCCUAUGGUCCGCCAUAAUAACAUGGAAAUUGAAUGGGUAAUAGUGACACUGUUUUAUUCUCUACUAAUCAUUUCAAAUUGUGAAAUCGUACAGCACCCAGUAAGCAGCCAUAAAUCACCGCUGGAUCAUUCUGGAAGGUCUUCUGAUGUCGAGCAGCCCACGUUCUGGACAAAUAGCGACAAGUACGAUAUCAAUCCAGCGCCAUGCCAUACAGCUUGUAGCACUCCAGUGGUUGAAGUUAUGACUUCGACUACUGGAGCUUUUUUCCGUUCAGAAAGUUUCAAGGAGAGCAUGUACAAGUCAUGCCAAGCAUACUAUGAAGCACAAGCAUGCAUGAUGUUUAAUAGCCAUUGUGGAACAGAUUCGAUGUUUGAGUCGAUGACUAGUGGCUUGAAGUACAUGUGCGAGGAGCAAGUUGAAGCAUUCAGGGCAGUGGUCGACUGUAUUGAUCAAAAUAGCCAUCGGGUUAAGGAAGACUGUGAUCGCCAUUGCCACUCAAACUCGCUAGCUGCUGGACUUAUGUUGAAGGACACGGUAAUGACACAAUUGGAUCACCCGGUUGUCAGUAAAAACGUGAAUAUGCGGCGGAUUAUUGAACCACAUAUGCCCAGAUUAUUCUUCAGCGAGAGCUGCAGAAUAGCCGAAUGUGUUAUGGGUUGUACUCGACUGAAAUUCAAUAUGCUUUGUGACGGUACUGCUGGUUCGCUUCUCAUGGAAAUGCUCACUCGACCACUGUCUGAAGAAGCAGAAGCUUUUCCCUCGGCAACUUAUUUGACUUCAUUCCUGGGUGGUUUGCUACCCCGUACUUGUGAAUUUUUAACGUCAAAGGGGCGUCACAGUUUUCGAAUUGAUCCGGAGUUGGAUGAGGAGAUAAAGCGGAUGUAUUCCGAAAAACAUAGAGCAGCCGGUGCAAGUCUACCUAAUCCUUUGGCUGAACCGAUCCUGAUGGAUAAUCCAUUUUUGGAGCUACCUUUACUUCUUUCACCAGUCUCUCCCAUUGAUAAUCCAGGAAUUUCCGCAUUGAGUCAAAUCAGUCCCAUGCGUGAACUUUUUACAAAGGAGUAUGGUCUAGAGAUGGAAAAGCAAGAGACUAGUAAAAAACUGGGAGAAUAUAACCAUAUAAGCAUGGACGAACUUGAAGAAGCUGACAACUCCACAGUCCCUGAUGUGGGGGACGAUUCCAAUUCUACGGUUUCGGGAACAGAAAAAAGUCCAGAGCUUAAAUUGACCAGAAGUUCCCGUGCAGAAACUGACGGACCUGAUGAUGAAUAUCUUACUGUGGCCAGAAUUCUUACUGGGAAUUCCAGCUUAUCAGAACUUCCCCAAGAAAAAGACAGUUCAGAUGAAGCCUUACUAGUCACUAGCAACUCUUCCGCAGGCGGAACUGAUCCCAUGAAAUUCAAAGAAGGAAGCGGUGAAUCUGAAGAAGGUUUCGUCUACUCUGUUGAUGGAAAGAGGAAAUUGCCACCUCAUUUGGUGGAAGGUGGCAAAUCCUACAAGAUCUACACUGUGGCUAACGAAGAUGUACAAGGAGAACUCGUCUGCUAUAUCGAACCACACUGAAGUGAUGGAUUCCUACUGAACAGUUUGAAGAAGGUUGAGUCAUCAUUUGUGAUCCGGUGUUUUACACUAGUCUGCAUAAUAAGCACUUUCCAAAAUUCUUUUUUCCUCGACUAUUUUCCUCCACAUGAUUACAUU